AGGGCACAAGGAACGAGCGCACACGCGCGCCGGUCGAGACGGCAUCGCCGGAGGCGGCGUAUCCUCGCGGCAGAAAAGCAGCCCUGCCAGCCAGCCCAGCCAGCCAGUCGCUUCCUCGGCCCGUGACGGUGUGGACGUCGCGGACGCGCGCUCGUCGUUCGGCCUCCCUAGGAGUCAACUGCCGGCGAGCGACAAACAGGACCGAUCGCGAACCAUGGUAUCGGCACCUGCGACCAGCAAGUCGACGACGUCCCGCGCUAGUGCCGGCGUCGUAGUAGGCCCCGCCGCUGUCCUAGCGCUACUCCUUCUCGUGGGACACACCGGGUGUGUCGCAUCCGAUCCAGGUGAGGUGGUUUUCGAAAUCGACGAAGGCAACAAGUGUGCGACGACAGAGGAGCCGUACUGUGUGACUGUGGCCAACUGUCCGAAGGCCCAGAGGGACAUCCGACGCGGGCUGCAUCCCACCAUCUGUGACUGGCGGGGAACGGUUUCACUUGUCUGCUGCGCGCAGCCCACUGGACUGCCUCCGGUGACUCCAGACCAGCCCCGUCCACUGCCUGACGUUCCAUCACCAGAGCCUCCUGUGCAACCUCCUGUAGAGCCACCCGUAGCACCUCCUGUAGAGCCGCCUGUGGAACCUCCUGUGGAACCUCCUGUGCAGCCUCCUGUGCAGCCUCCUGUUGAACCACCUGUGGAACCUCCUGUGGAACCUCCCGUGCAACCUCCUGUAGCUCCUGUGAGCCCGCCUCUGCCACAGCCGAACCCUGUGACUCCGGGCACAGGGUCACCGUCUGUGGAGGGCACCGGUUCGCCCACAACCCUGCCCGGUGCAACGUCGGACCGCCUUGAACCCUCAGAAGGCGACGCAGGCGAGAGCUGCGACUGCGACGAAGACAAAGCUCCGCCGCCAGUCAGGAGUUGCGGAUUGCGACCCGAGGAAACCGAGUCCCGGCUACGACCGGCGCGGCUACUCUUGGAUGAGCCCGUCUACUCUCUGGACGCCCGCAGGGUUCGAAGACCUGGACUGAGAAAGCGGCGGCCGCUCAACGCGCUGUCGCUGCUCCCGCGCCAGCAGCUCAACGGCCAGCCCCAACAGCAACAGCAGCAGCAGCAGCAGACGCAGUCGUCCCCACCCCAGGAUGUCUGGCCAUGGAUGGCGUCUGUGGUGGACCAAGUGAAUCCGGCAAGGCGGUGUGCCGGCGUGCUGCUCGACCAGCAGCAUGUUCUGACAGCUGCCCAGUGCUUCGGACCGGGCAACGGGAGGAACAGUGCCGUGAUGCUGAACAUUCCGAACGCACCGGUCACGCUUCGACGGGUGGUGAGUGCCGAGGCGCACCCGGACUUCCGUGUCCCGGACGGCUACCACGACCUGUCCGUGGUGCGGUUCGAGCCCGCGCUUACCCCCGGACAGCUGGCGCCCAUCUGCUUGCCGACGGUGCUCAACGCCAGGCGUGUGCUCAACGGCAGCAUUCUUGACGCCGUCAGUUGGUCCAAUCGACAGAGGGACUUCCACCCGGGCUCGAUGGGCGAGAAGCGGUACCAAGUGGUCGACGUGUCGAGCUGCAACAGCACAUACGCAGGCGUCGAUCUGUCACCAUACCCGGCGGGCAUCAGUCACGAGGAUUUCAUCUGCACCCAGCUAGCCACAAUCGUUGGCGACGAAUGCGUGGGCAUACCAGGUAGCCCGCUGAUGAUACAGGACGGAAAGCACUGGACCGUCAUAGGGAUGUACAGCUUCGGCGUGUCGUGCAGCGGAACGGCGCAGUACCCCACCGUGUUCACGCGCGUGUCGCCGUACGUCACGUGGAUCUACGAGAAGAUUGGCCUGCGCUAAUGGACACGCAAUUAGUGGCGGCGCAGCGGACGGCGUCGGGCCAUUGGAACGAGUGGGCGUCACGCCGUUGCUCUAUGGCAGCCAGGUUCGGGUGGGCAACUAUACGGCUGCUGCUAACGCUCAUGUCACACGCUGGAUAGUUUGGAAAUGGGUUGCGGUUUCUUUAGCGCCGGAGUGGUAAAAUAGCUCAGGUCAGUGCUCCGCUGAAGUUGUGGUGUCGGGUAGCAGGGAGCAGCUUUAAGAAGGCACGGAAACGAUGGCUGAACUUUCCGUGUUAAACAAAGGCUGCAGUGAAAAAUAUGCUAAAGUCAGGAAUAUUUGCAUCGUUUCGCGAUGUUUAGCUACGGCGUCGUUCAUAAUAGGACAUGCAUCCUAUUUAAGCACUAGUGACCGCAGAUUAAACUGUAAAGAAAAGGGCGGAUAAAUCAAUUAGAACUCGGUGGGAGCAAUGCGGUCUUACAAAUGGUAACAAUUUUUUUUUUUGCACAAAUGUCAUUUGCGCAGUAGUUUCGAGAAACAUUUCAUCGGUUACCAAAUGAACUAACGCCGAAGGGACGAGCAGCCUUUAGUUUCCGCAUUUCUCGUUCAAACGCCUUUCCUGACUUUGUAUGCCCUUCAUCAUUCACUGUAGGCCAACGCGGCUAUAGAGCCGCAUUGCAGGAAGCUACCGGGAAGCCAAACGAAAAGGUUGUCCGUAUCAUGCUCUAACGAAGAGGUACGUGGUAUAUACGUGGGGCGCUAGCGCAUACGUAUAUGGACUUACGGUCGGACGCAGGCUCGUCCGGAAUCGUUCACCAGCGCUCUUCUCGUUCUUUAUUAAGCCUUAACAAAAUAUGAAAAGGUUUUUUUUGGCAUCGAAUACACGAAACAUUUUGUUUCGUAAGUGAUCUUUGGCGUUCUCCGGUUGCCUUCACUAACAACAUGGACAGCAUCACUUUUGUCUGCUAUCUACUCUUGCGAAUUAUUCCAGCGUAAUUUUUUUUUUCCGAAUACGGGCCCAAUUCGUCUUCGGUGAUUAGCGUUAUCUUUCUUGCUCCCAUUCUCGAACGACGCUGACAUCGGACCUUGCUCGGAAAUAUUGCGAAUGCUUCAUUAUCCAAUAGAUAUUCCUGGAUUACGCAUUGAGCUUAAAACAAAAUGCAAGUGCACGUCGGAGUUUUUGUUCCAGGAAUGCAAUAAGGGCUCUUCGCCUAUCCUAAGAGUCCAUGACUGAAGUACCCAUUCGAGUCAAGUAUCAAUGUGGUCGAUACUUGGAAUGGAUUCUAACCGGCUUCCAGCGUGUGAAUAUUGUCACGCGCUCUAUAGGGGCCUGUUGUUGCCCUCCACAGAAGCAAAGCCCUGCGUACCACCUUCGUACAAUGGCCCCACGCCGCGCCGUUGUGGUCGCAUUUGGCUGGACCACUGACCCUUCGGCGUGACUGUAACGCCAGCAAUGCUGUGAGUGUCCAGGAUGGGACCGCAAAAUGAUGAGCGAUGGAGUGAAUGCUGCUGUUGGUGCUGUUGACGGCUGGUGAUAAAAGUGAACAGUUGGUGCUGCUGGCAGUUUAUUUAUUUUUCUCUUGUGUAAAUAAAAUGGACCUGUUUUGUCGGGC